AAUUCGUAUUUCGAAGUGUUGGUAGGGAUGAAAUGCAAAUGUUGGAACCGUUUGGAGAAGAUUUGAAUAUUACUUUCCUUUUGGUAAAAACUUGGCAUCGUUGGAUGGGGAUAUCUGGAUAUCUCAACGCUGAAAUCGUUAUACCCAGGUCGCUCCAUAGCCUUAACAAGCAUGAAGAAAGGGAUCUAACAUGGCUUAAAAGAAUUAUAUCCUCUUGCUUACUGUGAUUCCAUCCGGUAUGGUUUAAUACUAUUUGAACCCCAAACUCCAAGUCCAACUCGGCACCGAAAUUACCCAGGAGUGUAGGAGUAUAGUAUUACCAAUCCUGCCUAUUGUUAACAUACAACUUUACCUUUUAUUUUUAUACAGACAACUCAACGUUUUUACUUCAUUUAGGAACUUGGGUUUGAUUGUCACUCUUAUUUUCAAGGUGCGUAUACUAGGUAAUGUUCUCCCCGCUGUCGAUACUAAGUCCCUGUCAUUUCCAGUCAAGACAAGGUCCACUCAAUCAGCCAAAUCGAGACUGUGAUUCUAGAUCCGACGUCAUUUCAUAAGCCACGAUCUCCACAGACCAAUACAACAAAAUCACUCGAUUCGCCAUGGCUGAUCUCCGAGCGGUCUUACAGAAAACCAUCGACGCAUUCGUAGAGAACAACACACUUGCUGUGAAGAAGAAGGACUCUUCGCUAUUCUCGGCCGUCUUGGCAGACGACUGCGUUCGAAUUUAUCGACCUCGUUCAUUUGUUGAGCGGUACCCGCAGUUCUUCAAAGCUCAAAUCACAAAUGCCGACUACGAAGCUCAGAUGAAGAUCGAGCUACAAACCAUGCAAGACGUAUCGCAGAAAAUCACUAGGACUGUAAUUGAUACAACCGAGCGUAGGGCUGUGAUAUGGAGCGAACAGACUAUUACCACCCCCAGUGGAGCCCAGAACCAGGUCGAAUUGCUGUGGGACCUGAGUUUCACGGAAGAUGGAACCCGAGUCACUCAAAUCCAGGAAUUUGUGGAUACAUUCGAGGCGACCAAGUUGCUGGAGCAAAUGCUAAGCAAGGCGGGUGUGAAAUAAUUGGGAGGGUUGAUCAUGUCAUGAGUGGCUUUUUUUUUUUCUUAUUACCAACCACCUAAGCUGCUCCCUCAUUCCUGUGUGGUCUUGAAUGGUCUCUAAUUUACGAGAACUUCUUGGGGUGGUAUUGAAGGUCCUGUAUGUCGUAAAACCAUGUGAUUCUGGGCUUCAUGGACCCCACGUAUUGCGUUGCUGACUUAUCGAAGUUGUAAUUCAUGGGUGCCAUGUUCUCUCGUCUUAAUAAUAAGGUAGUAGACGAAAAAACGACCUUCAUGCGUACCAUGUGCUAACUGUCCAGUGCAAUAAAUUUUAUUGUAACGCAAAACUCCUCAUCGGAUCCGAACCCGAAGAGCGGAAAGGUUCCUUUACCCUGACAAUUCUGAAAAAUGAAA